AUGGAAAUACCACGGGGUCUCAAUUUAACGGGCUCCGUCACAUCGCCGCGCGGGCGCGACCUCGUGGCGACCCAAUCCUUUGGUCCUGGCGACCUGAUUGCCCGCUUCGAUGGGCCGAGCAUUGCGCUCCCAGACACCCCGACACUGCACCUGACGUGCUCAUACUGCCUGCGCAUCGAUGUCGACGUGAAGGCUUGCACGGGCUGCCAGGGCGCCUACUAUUGCUCCAAGCCGUGCCAGCGCGCCGACUGGGCCCUGGCGCACAAGCGCGAGUGCAAGGCCUUUAAAAAGGUCCGGGCCGAGGGCGGCCACGGUCGCCUGCUGCCGACGCCCGUGAGGGCCCUCAUGCAGAUGCUGGUUCGGCCUGACCUGGCAACGGCCAGGACGGAGCUGGGCAAGCUCGUCGAGGGGUGGGAUCGCAACGAUGCGCCCGAGGACUAUGAUGACAUGAAGCUCCAGGCCAUGGCGGCGCUCAAGUACCUCGAGCUGGAGAUGACGCCGGCGCGGUUGGGUGAGGCUCUCGCUGUACUCUUCAUGUUGAAAAUCAACUCGUUCAACAGGAAAGACGAGGAUGUGGGUGAUACGGGCAUCUUUUUGCACCCGGCACUAUCCAUGAUCAACCACUCCUGCCUGCCGAACGCUUUUGUACAGUUUGACGGGAGGCAGGCCAUUUUGCGUGCCAACAAAGCAAUCAAAGAAGGCGAGAUAGUCGACAUCUCGUACAUAGACUGUAAUCUGCACAAAUCAAAUAGAAUCAAAGCCUUGAAAGAGAGGUGGCGGUUUGAUUGCUUGUGCUCCAGGUGUGAGAAUGAUCUCGAUGUCUAUCAAACUGCCUGGGCAUAUCCUCACCUGGACCUCAACUCCAUCAGCCUAAACCCAGACUUUACUCCAUCGUCACCCAAGCCCUCCACCACGGUUGCGAGCAUCGAAGCCCAAGUCGAAGAGAUCUACUCGGCCUGCUCCACGCCGCUGAGCACAGCCGCGGCCGACUCGCCAUCGCAGUACGCAGCCGCCCUGCGCCAACGGUGGCAACUCUGCCAGCCCCUCUGCGCCGCCGGCCUGUACGCCGUCGAGCCCGUCCCGCAGACCCUGGGCCAGGCCACCAUUCACCUCGGCGAGCAGCGCGAGGACUACCCCAGCAGCCUGGCCGUCAGCUGCUUCAUCGCGCUGCGCUGCGACCCCGUCAAGAGCCCCAUGCCGUUUGGCGGCGCCCGCAUCAAGGGCCUGCAGCUCCUGGCCAACCUCCUGAGCAACACGGCGCCGCUGUCGGGCAGGCGCGCGUCGAGUUUUGACGGCUCGCUCCGGGGCAGAAUUGUCCGCGCCCUGAGCAACAUGGACCAGGCUACCAUUGCCCAGGCCGUCCUGGCCAUUGCCGUGCAUUGGGCGCCGCGGGCACAUUCGGAGGAAUGGCAGAUAUACCACGAGGCCAAGGAGCAGCUCCAGGAUAUCGAGGGCUUACGCGGCCGCGACAAAGAAAAGCGUUUGAUCCAGCGCUGGAUCACGGAUCAGACGGAUCAAGAAGCGGCCCUGUUCUUUGAUUAUGCUGUGCUCAAGCCGGUGCAAGAGCUGGCAGGAUUUGCGCUUGAGAUUAUGGAUACAGAGUUUGGCUCCAACAGAGCUUUAUUGGGACACAAGUAG